AUGGUGCCGCCGCCUCCGAGCCGGGGAGGAGCGGCAAGGGGACAGCUGGGCAAGAGCCUGGGUCCGCUGCUCCUGCUCCUAGCGUUGGGAGACACGUGGAGCUACCGCGAGGAGCCUGAGAACAGCGACAGAGAAGUCUGCUCGGAAAACAAAAUCGCUACGACCAAAUACCCGUGUCUGAAGGCUUCGGGCGAGCUCACCACGUGUUUCAGGAAAAAGUGCUGCAAAGGGUAUAAGUUUGUUCUUGGACAAUGCAUCCCAGAAGAUUAUGACGUGUGUGCCGAGGCCCCCUGUGAACAGCAGUGCACAGAUAACUUCGGCCGCGUGCUGUGCACCUGUUACCCUGGAUACCGCUAUGACCGCGACAGGCACCGGAGGCGGGAGAAGCCCUACUGCCUGGAUAUCGACGAGUGUGCCACCAGCAACGAGACCCUGUGUGCACACAUCUGCAUCAACACCCUGGGCAGCUACCGCUGUGAAUGCCGGGAGGGCUACAUCCAGGAGGACGACGGGAGGACGUGCACCAAGGGAGACAAGUACCCCAACGACACUGGGCACGACGAGAAGGCCGAGAAUGCGGUGAGGGCCGGCACCUGCUGUGCUUCGUGCAAGGAGUUUCACCAGAUGAAGCAGACCGUGCUGCAGCUGAAGCAAAAGAUCUCCCUGCUCCCCAACAGUGCUGCAGACCUGGGCAAGCACAAUGCUGGCGACAAGGCGCUGGCCUCCAACACCUACCUCCCAGGACCUCCUGGCCUGCCAGGGGGCCAGGGCCCUCCUGGCUCGCCGGGACCCAAGGGCAGCCCCGGCUUCCCCGGUACGCCAGGCCCUCCUGGGCAGCCCGGCCCCCGGGGCUCCAUGGGGCCCAUGGGGCCAUCUCCGGAUCUGUCCCACGUUAAGCAAGGCCGGAGGGGGCCUGUGGGCCCACCAGGGGCUCCGGGAAGAGAUGGCUCCAAGGGGGAGAGGGGAUCACCUGGACCCCGAGGGUCUCCGGGACCCCCUGGUUCUUUCGACUUCCUGCUGCUGAUCCUGGCCGACAUCCGCAACGACAUCGCAGAGCUACAGGAGCAGGUGUUCCGCCACCAGCCUUACUCUUCGGCCGAGGACUUCCCCUUGCCUCAGGAAUUCGCCGGCUCCCCGGAGACCAUGGACUUGGGCUCUGGAGACGACUACCAGAAGGGGACCGACACAAGAGACUUGGGGACCCCCAGAGACUUUUAUCCGUAG